AACAUGCCGAAUUUUGGAACUUCGUCAAUCAAAUAAACACAAAAUUUAGUUUAUUUUCUGUAACAGUUUAUUUCACAGUUCUAUUAGAAACAAGUCUGUUAUAUUAUAUAUUUAUCUUAACCGAAUUAAACACUAUUAUGAGAUUCAUCGUUCUGAUGUUUGUCAUUUUACUUAAAAUCGUAUGUCUUAUCAUGGGUUACGAAGGUUCAACAUUAACGUCUACGAUGCAGACCUCGUUUCAAGAUAUCCGAAGGUUUUCUGCAUGCGAUUUGUCUUUCGAACAAAAACUGAAAAUUCUAAACUUUAUGAAGAGAUUUGGGAAAGUUUCAUUAUGUAUAUCAAUAAGAGGCUACUUUAAUGUUACGAAAAAGUUUCCAGUUAAGAUGGGCAACGCUCUUCAUUCUAUAUUUUCUGGUCUUUUGAAACUCAGAUCUGCUACUGAAAAUUAACAAAUUUUACAUUAGCGCAAAUGACGUCGA